UGACAUACGCGUGGACUAACACUAUGGCGUUACACAGCCGUGUUUGACAGGCAAGCUAGGAUCUCAAAAACAUCCCCGGACCGACGCGUCUGCGCUCACUAACAUUCUGCCAGCAACGGCGGGACGACAACUAAAGAUGAGCUCCAGAAUUAAGGAAAGCCCAGAGUCAACCUUUGAAGUGUAUCUGGAGGUAGCUAAGCCAGGGCAGCAUAUCUCUGGACUGGAGGUGCAAAGGCAGUUUCCCUCUGACUACCCUGAUCAGGAAACUCUUCUUACUGUGCCAAAGUUCUGCUUCCCCUUCAGCAUGGACAGCCUGACAAUCAACCAGGUUGGCCAGAACUUCACAUUUGUGUUGACUGACAUUGAGAGUAAACAGAGAUUUGGUUUCUGUCGCCUCUCUUCGGGAGCUCACACCUGCUAUUGCAUUCUCAGCUACCUGCCGUGGUUUGAAGUUUUCUACAAGCUGCUGAAUAUCCUUGCUGACUGCACUGUCAAAGGCCAGGAAAGCCAGUGGCAAGAGCUCCUGGUGUCACUACAUACACUCCCCAUACCUGAGCCUGGAGUCCCCGUUCACCUUGGUGUGCAUUCCUUUUUCACUGUGCCUGACAUAAGGGAACUCCCAAGCAUACCCGAGAAUAGAAACCUAACAGAGUACUUUGUAGCAGUAGAUGUCAAUAACAUGCUUCAUUUGUAUGCUAGUAUGCUUUAUGAACGUCGAAUCAUCAUCUGCUGUAGCAAACUGAGCACUUUGACAGCUUGUGUACAUGGGUCUGCGGCCAUGUUGUAUCCUAUGUACUGGCAACAUGUUUACAUUCCUGUGCUUCCUCAACAUCUGUUAGACUACUGCUGUGCCCCAAUGCCUUUCCUCAUAGGAGUACAUUCCAGCCUGAUGGAGAAAGUUCAAGGGAUGGCUCUGGAUGAUGUGGUCCUCUUAAAUGUGGACACUAACACCCUAGAAACCCCCUAUGAUGACCUUCAAAGCCUUCCCAAUGAUGUGGUUUCAUCCUUAAAAAGCCGUUUGAAGAAAGUUUCAACUACAACGGGAGAUGGUGUGGCUCGAGCCUUUCUCAAGAGUCAGGUGUCUCUGUUUGGAAGCUACAGGAAUGCUCUGCAGUUUGAAGCGGGGGAACCAAUAACAUUCAACGAGGAGACUUUUAUCAACCAUCGCUCCAGUGCCAUGAGACAGUUCCUUCAGAAUGCCAUUCAACUUCAGCUCUUUAAACAGUUCAUUGAUGGUCGCUUGGACCUGUUAAAUGCAGGAGAGGGUUUCAAUGACAUUUUUGAAGACGAGAUCAACAUGGGAGAGUAUGCCGGCAGUGACAGGACCUACCACCAGUGGCUGCUUACUGUGAAGAAAGGGGGUGGAGCUAUCUUCCAAACAGUGAAGACCAAGGCAAAUCCAGCCAUGAAGACUGUGUACAAGUUUGCAAAGGACCAUGCUAAAAUGCGCAUCAAAGAAGUCAAAAGCCGAUUGAAGCAGAAGGAGCAGGGCGAGAACGGCUUCACCACCCCUAAGUCAGCAGUCGAUGAUGACAGCACAGCAGAAUUUGCUUUCUCCACUGCUGCCGUCAUGAGGGAGGAACCCGAGCGAACAUGGGACGGCCACAGGCCAGUCACUGUGCACUUUGGACAGGCCCGACCACCAACACUAUUAAAGAGACCAAGCAGUAACAUGAGUCUGGAAAGCAGCUGUGACCAUUCUGUCCGUCCUACUCGUCACUAUACAGUGUUUCUGUCAGAGGAUUCAUCUGGGGACGAGCUCCAUUAUGAUGAUGAGUCCAUCUCUGGCUUUCCUGACAGUUUUCUUUUCUCCACUCCUUUUGACUGGUCACCUCUGCCACAGCCGUACCGCUCCCUGAAGGAGGUGGAGUUGAUAGAUGAUCGUGGUUUGGGGGCAGAAAGCCUCACUGCCCCUCCUAGUCCAGUUACUGAAAGGUUCUCCAAUGUCAACCUGCUGGGAGACAUUUUCGGAUGCCAGGAUGAACCCGAGUGUCAAACAAUCACCCUGGCUAAGAGUCUGGAGGACCUGAGAACACCGAAAGACUUUGGAGAGUUACAAGCAAAGUUCACCUUCCAGAGACUGGACCUGAGCAUCAGUGAAAACUCCCGAACUCUUCCAGGGCUCAAGCUUUCCAAUCCUUACAACAAGUUGGGCAGUCUAGGCCAGGAGCCGUCUCUCCUGCCUGUCUGUGUGCCUCCUGCCUUUGACAGGCCUCCGUCUGUCCAACUUCCAGUGCAAAUGGAGUCCUGCUCCCCUCUCUGUGAAAGCUCUGGCAUAGCAGUAGACUCUCUAGAUCCCUCUGCUAUUGGUAACAUAACUAUUCCUCGACCCCACGGAAGGAAGACACCCGAGCUGGGAACUGUUCUGGUGCCCCCUGCUGUGCAAAUGCGUUACAAGACUUCAGGGAAUGGUGAAGGAAGAACUACUCCAGGAAGAGAAGAAUUCCGGCAGGCUUUGAGCAUGACCUCAGAUGAACUCCAGCAGAGGCCCCCACAACCUGAUGAGGACGGUGUCGAUCUGAUCAGGCUUUUGGACCCCUUAAGCAGCUCAGCACAGACUAACCUUUCUGCUCUCCCAGAUGCUUUGGAUAUCAGGGCAUCACCUGCAUGCAAGCCAGCUCUAGCACCCAGACCCUACCCACAGAGUCUGCCCCGUUUUCCUCCUCACCCUCACAUAUCUCUAAACCCAUUUGCCCAGUCUUUGCAGCACUACUCACCAACUGUCAGUGGAAAUCCCUUUACAGCCGUCUAUGGUCCUCCUUUAGGUCCAUACAUCCACGCUCCAUCCCAGCCUCAGCCCUUCUCUACAUUAUCAGGACUCCACAGACAGCCGUCCCCCUGCAUUUCCACCCUACCCCCCAGCCACGGACUGGCCCCGUCAGCGGCCGCCCCCUCAGUCAGUACUCUGCCUCGCUCCUCUGGCAGCAGCCAUGCCCUGGUGGAUUCCGCUUGUGUAUUCAGCACACCUAUGAACACGCUGCCAAAGCCUCUACAGGCACAAGAAGAACAUCAGAACCCUCCAGAUCCUUUUGGGGACCUGCUUCAUAUGGCCUCACCUCUUAUACCACAGAAGAAGAAGGUAGAGGACCUCAGGAGGAAGUGGGAAACAUUUGAUUAAUUGUGUGCAUCAUAUGUGAUACGCACAAUGUUCUUUGUCUAGGUUUUUUUGCUGUUCUAAUGUUGCAGUGGAGUGACAGGGCAAAAAACCCCCGACACGCAGACACAACAGGGACUGUUAGCUGUGAGCUUUAAUCCGAAAGAAUAAGCUCAUUGUGUUAACAACACUUACUAAACACACUUAGGUUCAGAGCUGAGCAGUUUGGUCAUGCACUGAAUUCAGACAUGGCUGGCUCAUUAGCUCACUAAAUCUUCUGGAUUCAGAAACUGAAAUGUCUUUUGAUUUGAUUAUUUAUUACAAGGUUCAAAUGCUCUAUAAUGAUCUUUUCUUUGACUGUAGAAUAUCGUACUACUGCUGUUGUGCUUAGUUCAUCUGAUGACUUAGUGGUAUGGCUUCUACACUACAACUGACAGUCUAGAUGAAGUGGGUUGGCCACCCAGCCGUCGUCCAGACUCCUUCUGUCCUGCUGCUCAGAGUGUAUCUGGUUCUGGCUCUUCUUCAGGACCCGUGGCAUAAAAUCCCAUCUAAAGACAGCUUCGCUUCAAAAACAGUUUGUAGCAUAUUGCUAAUUGCCAACACACUUUUUUCCCCUCUAUCUCUCUCUAGUGUCACCAGACUUUAGUACUAUCACAUUAACACUCUCUAUAGAUCUCCAAAGCACACAGUAUUUUCCAGCUAACCAUCCAGAUAUCACUAUAGUUGAGUAGCUAUAAAUGGUUGUGCCCCUCCAUCCUGCCAUUGUUUUGCUUAUAUUUUUGUUGGUUCUUAUAUUGUGCUGUUUUCUCUUGGCCUUCAUGAUGAAUCUUGCUUUUAUGCUUCUGUACUUGACCUGUGAAAAUGUUUCCUCUGUUCUUAAAAAUAUAUAAUAUUUUAAGCAAAAUCACUCAGCUACACUAGACUAAUAUCCCCAAGAUCAUUUUAAAAUUUCUGUAUAAAUAAAUACAAAUGAGGUUUUUGAAACAC